AUGGCUAUCUACACCAUUGUGGGGAUAUCUCACAGGAUGAUGGAGAAGUUCAAAAGAGGGCUCAGGAUGCUGCUGCUGGGAGCUCUUCUACUGCUGCUAGCCCUGCCCAGUCAUGGCCAGGACACCAUGCAAGGGCCCCCGCUGCCCAAGGGGGCCUGCACAGGUUGGAUGGCAGGCAUUCCAGGGCAUCCUGGCCACAACGGGACCCCAGGCCGGGAUGGCAGAGAUGGCACCCCUGGUGAGAAGGGUGAGAAAGGAGAUCCAGGUCUUGUUGGUCCCAAGGGUGACACCGGUGAAACUGGCAUCACUGGGAUUGAAGGUCCCCGAGGCUUUCCAGGAGUCCCAGGCAGAAAGGGAGAACCUGGAGAAAGUGCCUAUGUAUACCGCUCAGCAUUCAGUGUGGGACUGGAGAGCCGGGUCACUGUCCCCAAUAUUCCCAUUCGCUUUACCAAGAUCUUCUACAAUCAGCAAAACCACUAUGAUGGCUCCACUGGCAAAUUCCUCUGCAAUAUUCCCGGGCUGUACUACUUCUCCUACCAUGUUACUGUCUACCUGAAGGACGUGAAGGUCAGCCUCUACAAGAACGACAAGGCCCUGCUCUUCACCCACGACCAGUUCCAGGACCAGAACGUGGACCAGGCCUCUGGCUCCGUGCUCCUCCAACUGGAGAAGGGUGACCAAGUCUGGCUCCAGGUGUACGAGGGUGAAAAUCACAAUGGGGUCUAUGCGGAUAACGUCCAUGACUCCACCUUCACAGGCUUCCUUCUCUACCAUAACAUUGAAUGA